AAGUGUCCGGACUGGAAGGGGGUGAAAGUGUCCGGACUGGAAAGGGGGAAAGUGUCCGGACUGGAAGGCGGUGAAAGUGUCCGGACUGGAAGGGGGGAAAGUGUCCGGACUGGAAGGGGGGUGAAAGUGUCCGGACUGGAAGGGGGUGAAAGUGUCCGGACUGGAAGGGGGGAAAGUGUCCGGACUGGAAGGGGGUGAAAGUGUCCGGACUGGAAGAGAGGGAAAGUGUCCGGACUGGAAGGGGGGAAAGUGUCCGGACUGGAAGGGGGGUGAAAGUGUCCGGACUGGAAGGGGGUGAAAGUGUCCGGACAGGAAGUGGGUGAAAGUGUCCGGACUGGAAGGGGGUGAAAGUGUCCGGAC